GAGGAGUGGUUGGGGGGCGGGGGUGGAGGCAGGGCGGGGAGGGGAGUCACCGCCCCUCCCGGCUGUACUCUUCGCUUCCGAGCCCUCCGUGCGGAGACUUUGCAGGGAUGCUCGGAGGGCAGGCACCUGCUGCUCUGUAAUGAUUCAGCCUCUUUCAGCCUCCGCGUUAGCACAACAGGAUGCUGUUGCUACUGGCGCUGCUGCCGCUCCUGCCGCCGCCGCUGCUGCCGCCGCCGCCGCCGCCGCUGGUCCUGCUUUUGCUUUUACUUCUCCUGCAUGACAGUUGUUUUCUUCAUCUGAGCAGACACCAGCUUCAGAUGCUCGAGGUGAGAAGCCUGCCUUUCGGUUUGGGCUACUGGUUUACUUAAGCGGACAACCCUCGGCUCGUUUUGGGUCUUGGCACCCGGGCUCUGGACGAGCUGGGAUGGUUUGGAAAAGCAUUUAAAAGAACUAGAAAAGUGGCCCGGAAACAGCAGCUACAGAAUUACGCUAGACUUUUUAUUUGGUAGUCUUUAGAAGCUUCUUUUUCCUUCCUUCUUCCUGAAUUCCUCUUGCUUUCGAUAAUGGCCUUGGAGUUGGACUACUUAUUGAUUUCCCCCUCUAAGAUGCUGUAUCAUUUGGUUGGGGGGAGCGCUGCGUGGUAAUGGACCCAGAGAGAGGCCGGGCCUUCUGGAGGUGAGCGGAUGGAGAUUUAUUCCCCAGACAUGUCUGAGGUAGCUGCUGAGAGGUCCUCCAGCCCCUCCACUCACCUGAGUCCAGACACAUCUUUUGAUGAGCUUCCGGCAGCAGAAGAUAUGCCAGAAACCCAGACUGAAGAUGGGAGGACCCCCGGACUCGUGGGCCUGGCAGUGCCCUGCUGUGUGUGCCUAGAAGCCGAGCGCCUGCGAGGUUGCCUCAACUCUGAGAAAAUCUGCAUUGUCCCCAUUCUGGCUUGCCUGGUCAGCCUCUGCCUCUGCAUUGCCGGCCUCAAGUGGGUGUUUGUGGACAAGAUAUUUGAGUAUGACUCUCCCACUCACCUUGACCCUGGGGGGUUAGGCCAGGACCCUAUUAUUUCUCUGGAUCCAACUGCUGCCUCAGCUGUGUGGGUAUCAUCUGAGGCAUACACUUCACCUGUCCCCAGGGCUCAAUCUGAAACUGAGGUUCAAGUUACAGUGCAGGGUGACAGUGCCAUUGUACCCUCUGAGCCUUCAGCCACACCAGCCCUGAAGAACCGUAUUUUUGCUUUCUCUUUCCUGCCAUCCACUGCGCCAUCCUUCCCUCCACCCACUCGGAACCCCGAGGUGAGAACACCCAAGUCAGCAACUCAGCCACAAGCAACAGAAACUAAUCUCCAAACUGCUCCUAAACUUUCUACAUCUACAUCUACCACUGGGACAAGCCAUCUUGUAAAAUGUGCAGAGAAGGAGAAGACUUUCUGUGUGAAUGGAGGCGAGUGCUUCAUGGUGAAAGAUCUUUCAAACCCCUCAAGAUACUUGUGCAAGUGCCCAAAUGAGUUUACUGGUGAUCGCUGCCAAAACUACGUAAUGGCCAGCUUCUACAAGCAUCUUGGGAUUGAAUUUAUGGAAGCCGAGGAGCUCUACCAGAAGAGAGUGCUGACCAUAACUGGCAUCUGUAUCGCCCUGCUGGUUGUCGGCAUCAUGUGUGUGGUGGCCUACUGCAAAACCAAGAAACAGCGGAAAAAGCUUCAUGACCGGCUUCGACAGAGUCUGCGGUCUGAACGAAACAAUAUGGUGAACAUGGCCAACGGGCCCCACCACCCCAACCCACCGCCCGAGAACGUUCAGCUGGUCAAUCAGUAUGUAUCUAAAAAUGUCAUCUCCAGUGAGCAUGUUGUUGAGAGAGAAGUAGAGACGUCUUUUUCCACCAGUCAUUAUACCUCAACAACUCACCAUUCCACUACUGUCACCCAGACUCCUAGUCACAGCUGGAGCAAUGGACACACUGAAAGCAUCAUUUCGGAAAGUCACUCUGUCCUUAUGAUGUCAUCGGUAGAAAACAGUAGGCAUAGCAGCCCAACCGGGGGACCAAGAGGACGUCUCAAUGGCAUGGGCGGCCCUCGAGAGUGUAACACCUUCCUCAGGCAUGCCAGGGACACCCCUGACUCCUACCGAGACUCUCCUCACAGUGAAAGGUAUGUGUCAGCCAUGACCACCCCGGCUCGCAUGUCACCUGUAGAUUUCCACACGCCAAGCUCCCCCAAAUCACCCCCUUCGGAAAUGUCUCCACCUGCCUCCAGCAUGACGAUGUCCCUGCCUUCCAUGGCAGUCAGCCCCUUCAUAGAAGAAGAGAGACCUCUCCUUCUCGUGACCCCACCACGGCUGCGGGAGAAGAAGUAUGACCACCCCUCUCAGCAGUUCAACAACUCCUUCCACCACAACCCCGCGCAUGAGAGUAACAGCCUCCCCUCUAGCCCCUUGAGGAUAGUGGAGGACGAAGAGUACGAAACGACCCAGGAGUACGAGCCAGCUCAAGAGCCUGCUAAGAAACUCGCCAAUAGCCGGCGGGCCAAAAGAACCAAGUCCAAUGGCCACGUGGCCAACAGGUCGGAAAUGGACGGCAACGUAAGCGCUGAGAGCAGUAACUCAGAGAGCGAAACGGAAGAUGAAAGAGUAGGCGAAGCUACACCUUUCCUGGGCAUACAGAACCCCCUGGCAGCCAGCCUUGAGGCAGCACCUGCCUUCCGCCUGGCUGAGAGCAGGACUAACCCAGCAAGCCGCUUCUCUACACAGGAAGAAUUACAGGCCAGGCUGUCUAGUGUAAUCGCUAACCAAGACCCUAUUGCUGUAUAAAACAUAAAUACACACAUAGAUUCACCUGUAAAACUUUAUUUUAUAUAAUAAAGUAUUCCACCUUAAAUUAAACAAUUUAUUUUAUUUUAGCAGUUCUGCAAAUAGAAAACAGGAAAAAAAACUUUUAUAAAUUAAAUAUAUGUAUGUAAAAAUGUGUUAUGUGCCAUAUGUAGCAAUUUUUUACAGUAUUUCAAAACGAGAAAGAUAUCAAUGGUGCCUUUAUGUUAUGUUAUGUUGAGAGCAAGUUUUGUACAGUUACAGUGAUUGCUUUUCCACAGUAUUUCGGCAAAACCUCCCAUAUUCAGUUUUUGCUGGCUUCUUGUGCAUUGCAUUAUGAUGUUGACUGGAUGUACGAUUUGCAAGACUUGCAGUCGUCUCUCUGUUUGCCUGUAGUAGCAGCCGAUCAAUACGCCUUGUAAUGGCACAUCCACCCAAAUACUGUUCUCUUUCGUAAGAAGUUUUCUUUGCAUUCAGUAUGUGAAAUGAGUUGUGUCUACUUUGCCAGCCACAGGUUUGCUUCAUUGGGCUCUGAGAUAAUAGUAGAUCCAACAGCAUGCUACUAUUAAUUAAAGCAGGAAACUGCAUUAAGUAACGUUAACUAUUAGGAAGAAAGUAAUACUGCAGUUAAAAAAUACUAUACUAUUAAUCAGACGACAGCUUGCUUUUACUAAAAGGAGCUACCAUUUACUUAAUUUUGAUUUAUUUUACUGGACAAAAAGCAACAGUUGUAGGGAUAGCUUAGAAAAUGUGUUCUGGUUUGCUAUCAGGGUAAAUCUGGCACCUUAUAAGAGGACUCAAUGUCCCUUCCCAGGGGAAUGGUACAGCAGCUCAUCCAGUUGAAGAUCAAACCACAGCUGAUAACGGUGCAAUCGUUUCUGACUUGUCUUUUUCACUGAUUUCGGAACUCAUGGUUGGUUGCAUCUUCUCAGCUCAAGAGGAGGCAUGUCUUGGCACGGAAAGCCCACCCCAAAAGUCCACUCAGCAAUCUGUCUAAAACACUUCUCGAGUGAAAUGUGCCUGCUGUACAUAGUGGUGACUCGUCAUCGUAGGGAACCAUUUCUGUUGUAGAGUAUUCAGAAAAGAGUGAAUGUAAAGGAGACACUGGUGGAGAGCAGCUGUGUGACUUGGUUGACCUUUUAGACAGUUUUAUUAACCACUCCUUUCUCCCCGUUAUUUUCCUCUCACUUCUCAAUGUUGCCUUGAUUAGGUCAUAACUAUGCAUGAACAUUUUUGUCAGGAAUGGCCGAUGUGCAUGUGGCUUGUGAUUAGUGAGAACCUCUCACCAGUGAAGAUUCAUCGGGAAGUGUCAUAGUGUUGGAAAGAUUGCACCUUUACUGGCAGCAACAACCCUCCCCCGUGUCCUGACCUCUCAAUCUGCAGCCUGUGUCACCCUACCUUUCCCUCUCUUAUUUUUGCUUUACUGUCACAAAGCAGGUCUGAGAUUGAUCUAAAUCUUGUGAUUUUAAGGAAGACAUCUAGGUAUUAAUGAUUUAAAUAAGUGCUAAUAUCAGGAAAGUAAGAGAGAUUUUUUUCUUGUGAAUGUUGGGCCCAUUUCCUGCGCUGCCUGACACCUGUCUGUCAGAGCUGGGGCUUUACUAAGGUUCAAGUGGCUUCCUAGAGCCAAAGGGACACCACAGGAAAUGACAGGCAUGAAGUCAGCAAGUACACCUGCUCUUGUCUGCAGGUGAACUAAAUCUAUUAAAAAUAAAAGGGAAGAAAAGGCAUGCAGGAAGUCCUUGGGCUGGGAAAGAGGCACUUCUUUUUUCAGCUCCUACAUGUUACCUACUAUAAGGCACAGAGAUGUAGUCUUAGGACAUGGUAUCCCAAGUUUUCUUUCUUUGUUCACAGGCCACUUGCUCUGUGCUCAACAGUGUCCUCCUUUGCUUUUUAACCUACACUAGGAGCCCUUGCCAGGCUGCACAUGCUACACUGAUUUCCCAAUUUUGUGGAAACGAGUAAGCUCAUGAUAGGGGGAAGAGGAGAAGAAGACAGCCCAAAGAGAUUCUCUAAAUUACUUGGAUAUUGCCUUAUUGAAUACCUUGCCUCCUCCUCUGCCCAUGUCAAUCAAGAAAUUCCCACCACUAAUUAAACCCCUAAAAUUUCUGUUUCAAGCUCUUUGGGCAUUGGGGGUAGGCAGUACGCCAUUCUGGAGAAUUUCAGGGGUAAACCAGAAUCUUCUAUUGAGAGCAAUGAACAAUAUUUUUCUCAAGAUGAGAAUUGCUGUAAGUUUUCAAAUUGCAAGUAUACAUGAUGAUUUAGGAGAAGAGGAAAUUUUAUUUCCAAGUUGAUUCUGGUCACUCACAGAGGUGGCAUGUUAGUUGGGACAUGGUCUUUCCAUCUGUAGAACAAGAGCUUCUCUUGCCUAGAAAGUCCGGUUCACUGCUCACGGCAUCGAGAUUUAUGCUCACAGAGACACCUUGUGAUGCUUAAUUGCCACAUCAUUCUCACCCAUCCCUGCUUAUAAACUCAGGCAGUGCAGUGGCAAUCCAAAGGAGGAGCGUGAACCCAUGCCCCCAGCAUAGGGACAGCUGUCUUGGGUUUUAGAGUAGUGGAAGUUGCCCAUAUGUUUGACAGGAACUUUAUUUUCCAGGUCCAAAACCAUAUCCCAUUGAGGGGUAUGCAGUGGAGCAUAAUAUGUAUGCACAGUAUAUGCAAAACUCCCUUUUCUUACUCAAGAUUCCUUUCCUGUCCCCCACUCCCUUCUUGCCUCGUAUAACUUUUUUUUUUUUACGUUCCUGGAUAGCCUCCUGCUUUCUACAAACUGGCACUUAGCCUUGGGUGUAUGUGAGUGUGUUCCCCAAUGGUGACAUGUCAUCUCUUCCUUGUUUCAGUGUCACUGUCUUGAAAUAGGAUGAGUGUAUCCAGGGUAACUUGCUCAGUCACUAUUCCUUUCCUUAUUUUGGCCUGCAUGGCUCAUUCGGGUGCAAAUAAGGAAAGCCUGAUCUUAUCUCUCAGUACUGGCUACAUUCCACCAGCCACAGAGAUUUCUAUCCGCAAAGACCCAUGAAGCACUGCAGCAAAAUGCAGACAAAAAGGAAAUGGCCACAUAUCACAAGUUCUAUUAUAUAUUCUUUUGUAAAUACAUAUUGUACAUUACUUGGAUGUUUUCUUAAAUCAUUUCCUGUCUUUAUGAGUUAAAUAUCAGUUUUUACUCUCUCAACUUACUGUGUAACAUUGUAAAUAACAUAUUGUCCUUUAUUAUUUAUAUGUAAGCAUCUAACAAUAUAGAGAGAGUUGUUUUCAUAUAAGUUGAAGAUAAAUGUCAAAAUAUAUGUGUGUGUGUGUUUUGUUUUGUUUUCCUUUGCUUUAAAAUUAUGUAUCUUUUUCUUUUUCUUUUUUGAAGUAUAAUUUAUUGUUCAGGAGAAAGAAUGUAUUUGUAAUUGAAACUGUUUGAAGAAUGCACAUUUGAAGGCCAUGAGGUACCGAUAAACUAAAGAAUUUAUUAUCCAAAAUACUAAGCAAUAAGUAAUUGUGAUUUAUUUAAAGGUUUGUUCAUUUUCCAUGAGUGACAUACUGCAAUAAAAAUGCUACUCCAUGGAGCCCUGGGAAUGUUGCUCAGCAGACUAAUUUUUCAGUCUGUUAGAUCAGCACCUUCGUCUUAACACGGCAGUUAUUCUGCUUUAGUGUGUCUGGUGGACUCUAUGAUCAUCUUGUCUGUCUGUUGCUUUUCGCCACACUGCCUGUUCUUGAUUCUUUUCACCACUGUAUUCCUCAUGGAAGGAGCCACAAUCAAGCCAUGUGACAUUUCCAUCUCCCCCCAUACACACUAACACAUCAGAGAGAACAUCUGAGGGCACGACUGCCAGGAUCCUGGCUGUUGAAAUGUUCCGUGCUGACAGCAAGAAACUUCUUCACACUGACGGAAAUGUCAGUGUGGCAAUCCCAUUCAGUCAGGAAUGAAAACAAAUUCUAUCUUGGUUCAGUCAGUCCGACAGCCACUGUGGCCGAGAAGGCAGCCAGUUAGAAUGUGGACAUGCUAAGCUUCCCUAUAGCAUCAGUUAAUUCAUUUCCCAUCAGGCCCAGAAUUUACUGAUUCUCAGUUUUAAGAGAGGAAAAAGGCUAAACUGGGUCCAUUCCCCCUCAUUCUACAUAAACGCACAACAUCAAACUAAAUGCCCAUCUCACUGCUCAGGGAAGGUCCUAUGCAAGAGAAAUUUCCCACAUCCUAUGGCUUUGUCACAGAAACAGGGGUUUGCAUUUCUUAUUUGAAAUUAGCCAAAACAAAAGCCAUAUUUUAACAAGUAGAUAUUUGCAUGGUACUUUUGAUACAUCUUCAAGCAUUUUUUUUUUUCAUUAUUCCGGACAGGGUAAGGGCUUCUGAUGUUUGUGAAGUAGAGGUUGGCAAUCCUCUGGAGUUUGAGUGUACCAGAAGGCUUUCAUCAAAGUCCAUCUGCCUGUCCAUACAUUGCUCCUGUCUCCUAGCAAUAGUUCCAGUAGUGUCAUUCCAAAACAGUCUGAAUAUCUAGGAAGCUUCAAUCGUGACCUUUGCCCAUGUUCUGUUUUCACCAUUUAUAUUACUGAAUUUUCAAAGCUACCCAAUAUCCUCAAAUUUGCAUCACCUUUGGAUUACACAUAAACACACACAGACAAAAAAAAUCCAACAAAUGUAAUCCUGAAAUCACCACAUGCUUUCACUUUUCCAAUAGUCAUCCAGCCAACUAGCCAUUCAGCAAAUUAGGAGACGCACAGAAUAUUUCCAUAUUAAAGACAGACAUUUUCCUCUGCUUUCAAGUUUAGGCUGAGGCUUUGUCUGCUCCCCAGAUUGAAAACUACAAGCAGCUAGGUUGGUAACUCAGCUUAAAAUAGUUAUCUAAGAUGACUUGAUACUUGAGCCAGGAGUGUAUGUGUGUGCUGGGGGUGCUAUGCAGAGAAUGGAGAUUCACAAUGAGGCAGCCAGAUUAACUCUGGAUAUUUAUUUCAAUUCUCCAUUCACUUCAACAUGUUGACUCCUGAACGUCAAACCCAGGCAAGCACAGCAAACUAGCAAAUGAUCUCUU